AUGAGCUAUUCUCCAUCAACACAGCCGAACGCUACCAAGCCAGAUUGGCUGAGUCGAAUCGAAAAUAUGAAAGUCAACCGUAAAGACAUGAACAAACUUAUAAUGAACUAUCUGGUGUCUGAAGGAUUCAAAGAAGCAGCAGAAAAAUUUGAACAAGAAGCUGGUAUUAGUUCUCCCCUUAAAUUAAAUACGUUGGGAAACCGGAUUAAAGUGAUCGAGUCUGUUCAGUCAGGAAAAAUGCAAGAAGCUAUUACACUUAUCAAUCAAUUAUACCCAGGUCUACUAGAUGACGAUCGUGAUUUAUACUUUCAUUUACAGCAACUGCAUCUAAUUGAACUUAUCAAAGAAGGUAACAUAGAAGAAGCUCUUGUAUUCGCCCAAGCUAAGCUAUCAGAAGUAGGAGAGGGAAAUCCUACUAUACUUACAGAACUAGAAAGAACACUUGCAUUAUUAGCUUUCGAAGAACCUCAAAAGAGCCCAUUUGCUGACCUUCUUCAAACUACACAUAGACAAAAAGUAUCUAGCGAGCUGAAUGCUGCUAUUUUGAGAUUUCACAAUCAACCAACUAUUACACCUAAACUGUACAAUCUUAUGAAGCUAAUAAUGUGGGCCCAAGAUGAGUUAGAUAGGAAAAAAGUUAAGUUCCCUCACAUGACUGAUUUUGGUUCAGCUACAUUGGAACCUCCUAAAUGA